AUGGCAGCUCCAAAACUUUUAUACACAAUUGAGCAGCCCCAUGGUCUUGGGGAACUUUAUUUUGUUUGGCAGAAAGGUGAAGCAGGUUUAUUGCUUGCUACAACUGGCACUGAUGCUACUGUUGCUAUUCACGAUAGAUCAGGCCAGCUAUUAGAAAGAAUAAAAUUGCCUGGUUUGUGUUCAGCUCUGGAAUGGGAUAGUGAUGGUGACUAUUUAGCCAUGAUUUCACCAAAUAGCAAUGGGGUGUAUAUCUGGGAAUCUCAUGGUAAUAAGAAGAUAAAUGUUGAUACUGGAUUAAGAGAAGCUCCAUCAUGCUUGGCGUGGACAUAUGGAGAGCCAUUGUUGGCAGUUGGGACAAUUAAAGGCAAUUUGUGUCUCUACAAUCAUCACACAACAAAACGAGUACCAAUAAUAGGCAAACAUACAAAAAAAAUCACAUGUGCUGCGUGGAACAGAGACAGUAUAUUAGUAUUGGGUUCUGAUGACAAAAGUCUAUCUAUUAAUAAUUCUGAUGGGGACACACUGCGCGUGAUCACUCUAAGGGACAUUCCAAAUGAUCUACAGUUUUCCGAGAUGAAAACUGAUGAAAGAGUAGCUGGAGAAAAUACUAUAAGUCUCAUUGUUGGAAAGCGUACAUUGUACCUAUAUAAUUUACUCAACCCAGAAAAUCCUAUUGAACUGGCCUUUCAACAGAGAUAUGGUUCUAUCACGUCAUACAAAUGGUAUGGAGAUGGAUAUAUUCUUAUUGGAUUUAGUGCAGGCUUUGUGAUUGCAAUAUCAACACAUAUAAAGGAAGUGGGAGAGGAAUUGUUUCAAGUUAAAAAUCACAAGGACAAUUUGACAGAUGUUGCAAUAAAUAAGGGGCAAGCAGCUUCCUGUGGCGAUGGACAAUUAAAGAUAAUAUCCGUAUGGAAUAAUGGUGAAGUGUCUGGUUCUGUUACUCCGACGGGUGGAGCAGAACGUUGCGCGUGGAGUUCUGACGGCCGUUUAUUGGCCACCGCUGGGAGGGCGUAUUUGAACGUAUACGUUACAACUUUGCCACCGUUAUACGCAGCUUAUGGUACAAGAGUGCUUACGCUGACUAAUUUAACUGAGGUUACAGUGUAUCAGUGCAUCGCUGUGGGGACGAGCCAGAAAAUGUUAAUAAAUGUAACCGAACCAAUUCCCCUGGCGGCAUACACUUUAACAACGGAGCCUACGGCCAUAGCAUUAGGCGCAUCACACGUAUGUUGUGCUACGGGUUCCCUUGUGUGGUUCUAUCCCCUUGCGGGAGGAACCCCUGCAAGACGUCAGUACCCUGGCCCUGUUGAUGUUUUGAGGGUGGCAGGUCAAUUUGCUGCUGCGAUGUUUCAGUCUAGAGCCAUGCUGCAUACUAUAGAAACAGCCGAUCCAUCUGAGCCAGAGAAGGAAGCAAUGUUAUUCCCAGAACCACACAUGCAAGACGCCAAGAUAUUAGACAUACAUCUGACUAGCGAUUUCUUUAUUUUCGUAACUGAUCAAGGAGACAUAGAGUAUUUUGGUCUCGAAGAAUGGAGACAAUGCGUUCGGUAUAAGCAUACGUGCGCAGUGUCAGCGUUAUACGUGGAUAUCAGCGGUGCACGCGCAUUGUUACUUGACGAACGACGUCGUGCGUACGUUUAUUGGCCCGCUGCUGGGGAAUUAUGUGCAGUGCCAGAUGUGACUAGGUUAGGUAGCAUCUGCAAAGGCGUAAUUUGGGACAUAUGCCUGUCAGACCGGAACGUGUUCGCGAUUUAUACGGGCGAUGCCAUUGAUACGUAUUAUUACGCUCCGAGCUCUAUAAGCGGUUCUCAUGUGGACUUUGUGGCCAGUACGAGUCUAUUGCCUGAUCAGAUACCGCUUAUUUUGUUCUCUGGUGAUGUUUAUUGCUAUGCUACUGGGGGCAACGUAAUCAAAAUUUCUCUGGACUCCCACAACACAAGUGGACUGGCAGAAGCAGACACGGAGCGUCGCGUACAAAAUCAAAAGCAGCAUAUUAAUAAAUUGAUAUUACUCCGCCGAUUUGGAGAAGCCUGGCUCUUUUGCGACGCCAUUGAUGAAGUAGAACAGUGGAGGAAGCUGGGGGAAGCCGCCAUUGCUGACUUGAAUGUGGAGUUUGCAAUACGCGUGUACACUCGGCUCAGCGAUGUAGCAAUGGUGUGGGCCCUCGAAGACGCUUCAAACGUCGAAGAAUUGCCCGUCUUAUGCGGAUUAUUAUGCGCAUGCGUAGGCGCAGGUGACGCGGCAGCUCGUUGGCUUGGGGCCAGUGGGGUUAAUGCUGAUAAUGAAAUGGGCCCGGCGCGAUACGCUUUAGAGUUGGAAGCGGCGAGAGGAGAAUGGGCUAAGGCGGCGGAAAUAGCUAGAAGGGCUGCACCGACACUUGCCCCAAGUCUUACUUUACAUCAUGCUAUGCAUUUGGAACUAACCGCUGACUACCACGAAGCUCUAGCGACAUAUGAGAAAAGUGUUAUCAGCGAAAAUUCGAACAGCGUCAAAGUAAAGGAGCAUAACACUAAAUGUGAAGCGGGCAUCGCCCGAAUGUCUAUCAGAUGUGGUGACGUCAUGCGAGGAGUCACCACUGCUUUAAAAUAUUCCCACGAUGUAACCUUACUCAAAGACUGUGCACAAUUACUUGAAGAAGAGAAGCAAUACAGUCAUGCCGCAGCACUAUAUGACCACGCUGGAAACACAGAAAAGGCCGCUUCAUUAUACAUCAAACUCAAGUCAUGGCUGAAAGUCGAAGCUCUCAUCCCCAAAAUUAAUUCCCCGAGCAUUCACCUACAAUACGCCAAAGCUAAAGAAGCCGAAGGCAGGUAUAACGAUGCUCUCAAGUCCUACAUCAAAGCUCAAGACUUCGAAGCAGCGAUACGACUCAAUCUUGACAAACUUGACGAUAUUGAUGAGGCAGUACGUUUGGUACAAGAAACUAAAUCAGUACAUGGAGCUAAGAUGGUAGCAAACUAUUUCCAAAAUAGUGAUGAUCCAACCUCCGCUAUAAAGUUCCUAGUGAUGUCCCUGUGUUAUGACGAAGCGUUUCAUUUGGCGAGGAAGAAUGGAAAGCUUCAUUUGUACGGAGAGAUUCUGAUUCAAACGUCCCAAGCUAGGGCUGAAGACUUUAAGAGUUUGGCUCUGCACUUUGAGGGAGAGAAGAACCAUUUGUUGUCUGGGAAGUUUUAUUUCCAUGCAGGGGAAUAUAAUAAGGCGAUGACGCAUUUGUUAAAAACGGGAUCUGAGGAUGAAAACGAAGCGAUAACUAUUGCCAUUGAUUCAGCCGCAGCCAGUGAUGACGAGAGGCUGACAAAAAGGUUGAUUGAGUUUUUAUUAGGAGAAACAGAUGGAAAUCCACGUGAUCCUCGACAUCUGUUCCGUCUGUAUAUGGCCAAGAAACAGUUCAAUGAAGCAGCGAAGACAGCGGUGAUAAUAUCAAACGCGGAAUGUGCUGCGGGCCGAUAUCGUGAAGCAAGAGAUGUCUCCCGUGGUCUGGUGGGAGCAUUGCGGGCAAGGGGCCUUCCCGUCCCACGGGAUUUGAGACGUGCCGUCGCUCUGUUACACUCUUAUAUAUUGGUCCGGACUCAUGUGCGUCGCGGGCGUCAUGAUCUUGCCGCUCGUUUGCUGUUGCGUACUUCGACUGAAGUAUCUUUUUUUCCCACGCAACAACAUCAAGUGUCGAUCCUGACGUCGACAGUGAUAGAGUGCGUACGCGCAGGUCUUAAGCAUCAAGCGUACCAAUGGGCGAGAGUGCUCAUGCAACCGGAAUAUCGUUCUCAGAUAGACCCAAAAUACGCAAAGAAGAUAGAGUCAGUAGUGCGGCACGGGGUACGCGGUGCGCCUCUCCCCGAGAACCCCGCCGCUUGCCCCGUUUGUGGAGCAGAGCUGGCCCCCGCUGAGCUCCAUUGUCCACGAUGCGAAUCUGAUAUACCUUUUUGUUUGGCAACGGGUCUCCAUAUAAUUAAAGAUGACUUAACAGCAUGCCCCGAGUGCGAUUUCCCGGCAAUUUAUACUGAGUUUGUUGAAAUUCUUAGAGAAGAAAGUAAGUGUCCAAUGUGUGGUGAAAAUGUUGAUUAUAGACGGCUUGUGAAGAUCGAUGACGUCACGUUGUACCUUGAUCAUGGCAAUACGGAAUAA